AUGCAAGAAACAACAACAUCAUCAGCAGAAGAUUUGAAAUUAUUGGGUAAUAAAUGGUUUGCAGAGAGAAAGUUUGAAGAUGCAAUUCAAGUCUACUCAGAGGGUAGUUUAAAAGAUGUGAAUGAACCUGCAUUCCCUUCGAAUAUUGCAGCAUGUUACUUUGAACUUGGACAAUAUGAAAAGUGUAUUGAACAAUCAAAGCGUGCAAUCAACAUCAUCGAUAACACAGAGUCGAGUGAUCCAAAACAGAUUAGAAAGAAGAAUGUCAUUAGAAUUGCAAGAUCACUUUAUCUUUGUGCUGUCGUUGGUAGCAAGACGAGAUUAACAGAAUAUCUAUCGAAUCUACCAUCGAUCUAUGAUGACGAUAACGAUAUCAAAGCAAUUAGAAACAGAUUGGUGUCGAUUGAAGAGUCAACUGUGGAAACAGAUCGGUUCCUAAUUCAUCAGAUUCCACGUGUAUCGCCGGCAAGAAAGAACACGGCGAGAGAGUACUUUGCAACUGGACACGAUACUGCCACCAGUGCAUUGCGAGGAUACUGGGAUGAGUCAGAGCCUGUUGAAUUUACCGAAAAGGAUGGUUCCAGACCUAGAUAUGGAGAGGAUGAGAGUGCAAGAUUACUAUUUAAACAACAUCCAAAGUUGUCAUUCUUUUUUGGUGGUGUAAGUGAUGCUCGUCAUGUAAUCUACACAUUGGCAGAUGCUCGACGUCAACUUGAUGAUAUCAGAGAUCGUGACGAUGUGAAGCUACACAUUGUAAUCAAUGAUAUCCUGCCAACAUGUUUAGCAAGAGAUGUAUUGAUACUUUCAAUACUUGAAGAUCUUGGUCAAGCUGAAUCAUUGGAGUCAAUCUACACCACUGAUAAAGAUAGAUAUGGUAAUCUAGCAGCACUACUUUUCUAUAUCUAUUGUGGUGUAGUGAUGCCACCAACUUUAUUCGAUCUAUUGAUGACGAGAAUCGAUCGACUUAUUGAACAAGGCAACACGAAAACAUUACCAUCAUGGUUGGUUGUCGAUGAUCAACAAUGGACCAAAUUGGUAAAGGUAUUAGGAUAUUGGCGUAAAGGUGAAUCAUGGAUCACACCAAAGGAAAUCAUAGAGGCUCAUCAAGUGGCAUCAAAAGAAAAUUCCAUAGAUGCUGAGAUGGCGGAAGGCGAUGACAAUCCAAUGAAUAAACGCAAAGAGGAGAGGAAUAGGAUGCUGCGUGAACUCAGUGAUCCUGCAAACAUAUCAGAAAUGGGUUUAUCAGAUCAACAGAAAGAGAAUUAUUUGGAAAUGGUCAAAGAUGGUAGUAUAUUGGAUCUAUUGAUGGGAAGUGCAACCGAACUACCAAUACCAAAGGAAGCCAGUUUGUUAUAUACUGCAAAAUUAAUCCUACCUCCACUGAUCUAUGAUGGUGAUCAAUAUCAAGAGCAACUCGAAAGCAUAUAUAAUAGUAUUACUAAUACACCAAUAUCAGUCCGUUCAGUGGUUCAAGGUAUCACCGAGACAUGGAAGACAAACAUUACAAUGACCGACGAGUUUUGGCGUGAUACUGGAUCGUAUAACUUUGAUCCAAUAUCGACUGUAGGGAGAUUCUAUGGAAUGAAAUGGGUUGGUGAACCAUCACAAGACAAGCCACGUAUGUUUGAUUACUUUAUUCAUGUAUUCUAUCAAGCUUCUCAAGGUUUGGUUGGAUUGUCCAAACAGAAUGCAUUGACAAUCGAACCGAUUACAGGUGAUCUACAUUUGGCAUUGGAUGAAAUAGCACUCAAUAAGAAUCAACGUAUCGCUCGUGGGUAUCCAAGUGAAUUCGAUACUAUCUACUUGAGUAAUGUACCGGAUUACACUGGAUACCUAUCAAUCUUCAGCAAUAUAGUAUUGUCACUCAAACAUGAAAAGCAUUGUUCCGUUGCUUUUAAUUGUCUUCUCAAUACUGGAUUGUUUAAAUCACUGGAUGAAGUUCUCAACACCUACCUUUUAAUACCUUCAAAAUCGUUGCUUGCUAGUCAUGUGGCCAUUGAGCAUCGUUUAGGAAAAGAUCAUUGGGCAGCCUACCAACAUUAUGGUUAUCGUCAAGUUUCCAACUCACUCGACAACCUCUUGAAUCGUGAUCAAUUAACAAUGUGGCUCACCAGAUUGUUUAUUUCGAUUGCCUUACCAGCUCCAAAUUCAGUACGACAAUUAUGUCUGGUAAAUGCGCCCAACAACAUAUCAGUAUUCUUUUGUCUCAUUAAAAGAUUGAUUGAUAUUGGAUAUCCACGUCAUUGGUUACAAGCUAUCAUUGAACAAAUAGCCAGCGGUCAAAUCAAUUCCUCAUCAGAUUCACUUCAUCCCAAACGUAUAAUACCUAUCACCAAUACAACGGAAAAAGUCAAACAAUUCUCAUUAUAUGCACUUCAGUUAGAGUUUACAAAUCAAGCAGCACUUUGGUUGGAGUAUUGUGGUUUACGUAUCAAUUCAAAGCUACCAUUGGCAUCGACAAUUCAACGUUGGUCAAUACCAGUGACAUUUACAGACUUUGGUGGAGGCCAUACUGGAUCUCCUUCAAUGAUGGUUGUCAUUGAAUAUCCAUCGAUUUCACAAAGUCAACGAAUGAAGAGAUUUCAUCUAUUAAGUACUGAAAUGGAUGAAAAGUUUCGUCAUCAAGUCGUUCAAUUACCAAACAACGAAAUCAUACAAAUCCUAUCGGUCAUUGAAUAUAAUCAAGAGAAAAGUACAAUUUCGUUCUGGCUGAGUCGUAAGGAUAUGGAUCAUCUUGUUAAUAAGAAAUGUGUUCUCUCUGUAUUCCGUAAAGAUCAUUGA